GAAAGUAAUGGCUUAGUCAAAAAAAAAAGUCUUCCUUGAAAAAGUCAACUGUGCGUCACCCUGAAACGUUGUUUGUUAUUGUUUGAUUUGAUUUGAAAAGAAACAAAACAAAAUCUCAAUAGUUAUAAUUUACACAAGAUGCUUUUUACAACAUCCCUAAUCCACAUCACAUUGUUAUAGAACCAUGGAUCCCCAACUUUGGCUCAAAGAUCGCGUGUUAUUUCUGGGCGAAGGAAACUUUUCUUUCAGUUUAGACUUACUAACAAAUUUACUCACAAAUGCAUCAUCGCCAUCCAACAACGUUGAUUCAAUCACCUGUACAGCCUUCGAACCGGAUUUCGUGUCCGAAGAGGCCAAAAACAAUGCUCAAUCCUUGAUCGCCAUGGGCGUGAACGUCCGUUUAGGGAUCGAUGGAACGCGAUUAUCUGAAGCCUUUCCUGAGCAACUUUUCGAUCGAAUCGUGUUCAUGUUUCCUCACGUAGGUGGGAAAAUGCGGAUUGAGCGCAAUCGCCAAUUGCUCCAGGAUCUGGGAUUGAGUUUCUCCUAUGUCACCCAUUCCGAAAGUCAAGUGUUCCUGGCUCUGACUGAUGGUCAGGGUGGAACCUUGAUAGACGAAAAGCCAAGGACUGAAGGCAACUCUUGGCAAGUGAUCAAAAUGAUGAGCCAUGCAGGGUUUCAAUUGGUUAAGUGCUUUAAAUGUGAUAUUGAUCAAUGGUGUCCGAACUAUCGAGCCUUUGGGUAUCGUAGUUUGAACAAAGGAUUUGCUACAAUCAGACCUACUAUGCAUGUGUUCCAAACCAAUGGAAUGAACGGAUUGAUAUCAUUGUCUACUCACAAUCCUAACUUGACAAUUGAACUGAUGCAAUUGAUCCUACAAGAUGAACGCGCUAAAAUUCGACUGGCAUUUGAGUCAACCUUGCCGAUAGUCCAUUCGGAUAUCAUUGUGAAAGUGGAAGAGACUGCAGGAUCCCGGGUUGAAACAGAUAUAAAGGAUAGAUACGUUCUCCUUGGCCAAUGUUUAUUUUCUGAAACUCACUCAUUUGGCGAAAAUCCGGUUGUCUUCAGUCUCAGAUCACCCUCAGGGAUUACUCGGCCUCUUAGUUGGGAAGGGUCCACUUCAGAUUGGAGAGAGUUAUGGACUGUGAUACCGUCUCUGUGGCCGCCUAUUUACCAACAUGAUCUCAGUUUCUGGCUUUUAGAUCCAAAAGUAACUCUGGCUGAUGUGCGAUUGGUGUUGUGGCGAGUGGGUGGAUUGUUUAUUGUUGAAAUGGAGUGCGUGGACACAAGUUAUAGAUGUAAAGAAGAGGGAACCUCCAGUAUGACUUUAAGGAUCACUUACCAAUCUUUUUCGGUGGUUUUGAGCCCUAAGGAAGUGUGGGAGUUGCAUUUGAAUGUCAUUGGAGCUUCCCUGACAAAGGAGUGUGGUGUUAAGCUCCGAUAAAAUGUGCAAUGUGCAAUAAAAAUGCCAUGUUCCUUAAU